GUUUAUAAAUUUAUGAGCUUCCAAAGUCCAAAGCCCAAACAUUAUAAUGUUUCAUGAUAAGGAGAAAAUAAAAUAAUAAUAAUAAUAAUAGUAAUAACUUCCCUCAGAAAUUUCUGGCCGUCCACUCACCCUCUUCCCCUUGACCCAUUUAGAUCCAACGGUCCUCAAAGAUUUAAAUCAUGAGGUCCAACUAGACCAAACAGUCUACUACUUUGACUUGUAAAUAACCAAAUAACCCAAUAACAGCCGGGGCAGCCCCUUUCUUUAAUAAAUUCUGCACGUGCUCCAUUUCCAUGACAUAAUUCCCACGUUUUUUUUGUGCUCCGCCGUUAUUGACUUUUUGCCAACUUCAACGGUCAAUCAUUCGACAUUGACCACACUCACCGCACGCUCUCUCCUACAAAAGGCCGAUCAUUAGCCCCAAAAUCCAAAAUUCAAAUUUUAGCGCCCAAUAAUUACACUAUGGACCCAUCGUCUUCUACCUCUCCCAUCUUCUCUGCUGAAGAGGAGCUCAGCUUCAAUGGCGAGCUCCCUCUUUCGGUCUUCUCUCCUGAUCCCUUAUUCGAUCCACUCACCUCUGCAUCAUUAUCGUUAUCGGAUUCGUCGAGCAGUGCGCUCUCUAACUACACCAAACCUCCAUUGAAGCUGAACUCAGUACUGCAGGAUGAUGAUAAUGGCGGUGGUAAUAUUCAUCGAUCGAAGCGAGAGCUUAACGGAGAGAAGAAUGGCCGAGACUUUCAGCACAUGAUGAGGGAGCGGCUGCGGCGAGAGCGGCUCAGCCAGAGCUAUCAAGAUCUGCACUCCAUGCUUCCUCUUGGUACAAAGGCAUGCAGGAACUCCAUAUUGGAAUCAACGGUCAUGAUGGUGAGGGAGCUUAAGAUUGUUGAGGAGGAGAUGCAACAGAGAAAUAAGGAGUUAUUGAGCAUGCUGAAGUCAAAACCCGCAACAGAGAGAUCAUCAGAACCGUCCGAUGAAGUUGAGAUCAAAAUCAAGAUGCCAAACACGACAUCCACCGUUGAUUCCGUGAUCAACGCCUUGCAUUGCCUCAAGGGAAUGGAUGUCAAAAUCAGAGCCAUCCGAUCUGAGCUUUCCAGCGAAGGUGACCAAGAACUCAUCAUGACCAUCCAAAGCCAAAUGUGUGAGAGUGAUGAGGAGUUGGAGACGCAGGCAAUGACGAGGAGAUUCUUGCCCUGAAAAAUGGAAAUUGGCAAAGCCUUUUUUUUUCGGAAAUUGUCAAAG